UCCUCCAGCUGUUUGUGUUCACUUCCUGGUCACGUGAUUCAGACGGAGAAAAGACAAGCGAGCCGCUAUCAUCCAUGAUGAAAGUCCUGUCUCAUCGUCCGGACAGCAUAUGAAAUGAAAGCGACACAUCCGUAAAGACAGCCCGAACCCUGGGAAACCCUGGAUUAAUACCCGAGUGUCUGUGUGUUUGUGUCCGCCAGCAUCGAGCGUCUUCUGGACCGUGAGGGAAACAGCAGAUAGAGCCCUGUUCCCCUGCUUCUCUUCUGCUCUGUUUACUGGAAAGUUGCUCUCAUCUCCUGGCCGCUGAAAGGCCUUUUUCCAUACACUCUGCCAGAAAAGGACGCUGCUGAGCAAGCCACAGCGUCCGACUGAACUGGAUUCAAUGAGCGAGCCAGACCGGGAGGACCAGCCUGAAGACAACAUGCCCCCCAAGUUUAAACGACACCUCAAUGACGACGAGGUCACGGGAUCUAUUCGCAGCGAGAGGAGGAACCUACUGGAGGAAGACUCUGAUGAGGAGGAGGACUUCUUUCUGAGAGGGCCCACAGGACCCAGAUUUGGCCCUCAGAAUGACAAAAUGAAGCAGGUGCAGUCGCAGGUGGACGAGGUGAUCGAUGUGAUGCAGGAGAACAUCUCCAAGGUGAUAGAGAGAGGCGAGCGUCUCGACGACUUGCAGGACAAGUCGGAGAGCCUAUCGGACAACGCGUCAGCCUUCAGUAGCCGAGCCAAGCAGCUGCACAGGAGGAUGUGGUGGAGAGACAUGAAGAUGAAGAUGAUUAUCGCCUUGGUAGUUGUGGCCCUGUUGCUCAUUAUUAUCAUUCCAGUGAUCAUGCGAUAUCGCUAGUGUCUGACGAGGAGGACGAGGAGGGACGCAUCUUCCUCUUUGUCCUCUCUCUCUUUCUCUCUCCCCUCUCUGCACACAGUCCUCCACUCCCGCUAGGGGGCGCCAGGCAGCCUCCCACACCCUCCUCUGUGUCAGCCUGUGUACCUUUUGAGGAUCCGGCCUCAAGUUGCCCCUUAGUACAGAUCUUAUCUUUGGCAUUUCCACAUAAAUCCGCUGUGAGAUCAGUACUAAGGCCCCGGUUGAUCCCUUUGCUUUGAACAGAACGGGAACACGGGAGAACUGGGGAGAUAUUUUAAUGCAGUUUGGAAGAAAACGCCGACUCUCAGCCCUCUAGUCAAUGUGAAGGAGCGCUCCAUUCCAUGAUACAUAUCACGUGAAGGGCCCUGUCUUUGCCUUGACAACAGGGACACUCCAGGUUGUGCACAUUACAUCAUAUAGAUAGAAACUGUAAAGGCAGGGAAUCCUCGCCAACUCGCUGGUCUGUAUCUGCUGCAGCAGCCUCCUAUAAAGAGGCUUUAACGUUAAGUGAAUGAACCUCAGAUGUCUGCUCGUGAUUCCUCAUGCGCUGUCUGCUCACCGCCCGAGGAUGAAGUUUAUAGGGAAUCAUUUGAGUUCACUUUCAACGUGAGGGAACAUCUGAGGUUCAUCUGCGUAGUCAAAGGUCGCUUCUUUUAACCAUCAAAAAAGGCUUCUCUGACAGGAAAGUGAUUUCACUUAUCAGGUAUGUUCCCUCAUCAGUGCAGAUGAUCGGAAAAGAAGCCACAUGUGUUCAACAUCCUGCUCAAUCAGCUUCAUCAAUCACCGCUUUUCCACCUCCGUCUGCCUCUUGAUAGCUCGCUCUACUGUAAAGCAAGGACCAUGUCAAACCAAAACAUCCGGGUUAUGAAUGUCUGCCACACUUUUAACCUCUCGCCUUCCUCCUGGGUUGUGCUGAGCUCUGGGCGGGUUUGGUCAUGGUACUUUCCUGCGGUGACAUUAAACUGUCUCUCACUCUGCAGAUGUUUCUGUUUGGUUUUAAUUCCACUUUCUGUCUUUUUGUUUUCCCACUGUUUUCAAGUUCUUAUUUCUGCCCGUCGCUCAAUGUUAGCGCUUGUAUGAAAGCUGGUAUUUCCCGUCGCCACUGAAGGGACAGUUUGUCUCUCCGUACUGUUACAUUAAGUUCUAAGAGGGAAAAUUUAAGUGGGCUGUGAAACAAAACUGAAAAAGUGUCAUUGUGUCUGGAUUAAUUAACUGUAUAAUACCACUCUGGAUUGUCAUGUUAUUAUUUUGAAUAUAAUUUAUUUUAGCUGUAAAUACUGAUUCUGUAAUGAUGUACAAUACUCUGGCAUUGCAUUGGAAGACUGUGAUAUAUUGAUCCGUUUUGCUCUGGAAUAAAGUGAUUUUAAAGGGCA